GGGGUAUUGCCCUAGUGAUGAAUUGCAUUUACAUCCGCACCGCGCUGAAUAAGAUAACAGGCAUCAAUUUGAUCCAGAUGCCGCCCGCACAAGAUAAUGCAGUGCAGCACUCAGUGGCCACCUGGUCAUUAACCCCUACCUACUCUAAUAGCUGGACCAGCAGCUCCAGUUCCAGGGGUCCCAACUCAGGCGGGUUAGUUGAUGUCGGGGAUUGCGUCCCUCAAGAGCCACAGAUACGGGCAUCUGCUCCAUAUACCAGCUAUAACUUGAGUCAUACACUGGCAAGCAUGCAGGUUGCUGCCUCCUUGGGUGAUCAGCUGCACGGCUAUCUCGUAGCUACUCCUGGUCGUUGUCCGGCGCCCAAUUCCCAUUUAUCGCCAGGAGCAUCCAAUCCGACUCCCAUACUGAGCAGCACCCAUCCUGUUGCUGCUCCAAAAGUCAUCAAAUAG